AUGAAGCGCGGCCAAGCCCCACGAGCGCCGAAGGAUGGCCGACUUCAGAAGACGAAGUAUUACUGUGAGAUGUGUAAAAAGCAAUGUCACGAUGAGAAUGGGUUUAAGAAUCAUUGUCAGUCCGAGACGCAUCGACGGAACAUGGCGUUGUAUUCUGAAGACCCCAAUAAAUACAACAAAGACUUCAACACUCAGUUUUUGAAUGGGUAUAUGAGGAUAGUACAGACGCAGUACAGAAGGAAAUGGGUCAAUUCCAAUGUGGUUUAUAAUCAGUACAUUCAAGACAGAACAAAUGUCCACAUGAACUCGACGCAAUGGAAUAAUUUAUCGGGGUUUGUACAUGCAUUGGCGGAGAGAGAACUAGUUGAGUUAGAGGAACGUGCUGAGGGGACGUUUAUUAAGUACAAAGAAGAAGAAGAGAGUGAGGAGGAGGAAAAGGAAGAAGAAGUCGAUGAAGGCAAACGGAUCUUCGACGAGAUGGUGAAACAAGUCAAGAUGAAAGGGAUAGAGGAGAGAGAUGUUGGAGAGAUGGUAGUGAGAGAAAAGCCAGAGAAAAAGAUGGAGUGUAAAAUCAAGAUGGGGUUCAAGACGAAGAAAAAGCCAGUUGUUAUUCAGGAAGAGGUUACUGUCGAGAAAGAAGGAGAUAAGAAGAAAAGAAAGAUGCCAAUUGCAAACCCAAACCAACCAGCUCUUUCGUCAAAAGAGUGA